GCGCACCGCCACAGAUGCGCUGCAACUUAUAAACAGUGCCGACGCGUCGGCUAGUGUCAAGUUUAUUUAUCGAUUGAGUUAAUAUUGUUUAUAUAUAUUACGAUCAGUACGUGUUGUGUAUUAUUUAUUAAGCAACGAUCGGUGAGUAUGACUUUCGUCUAACGGUGCGGUGUGCUGUCAAGAAAGUGAGCGGUUUUCUAUAAAAACAAUAAUAAAUGAAAAAUAUGCCGAGGUUCAAGACAAUAUUAGUGACUGGUGGUGCUGGCUAUAUCGGGAGUCAUUGCGUGGUGGACUUGCUAAAAGCUGGCCAUGAAGUGGUGGCCAUUGAUAACUUCGCAAAUGCUGUGGGUGAUGAGCAGGGAUCUCCAGCUUUACAACGUGCUGAACAGAUCACUGGCAAGAAAAUAACUUUUUACAAAGCAGACUUACUGAAUAAAUCAGAGAUUAGGGAUAUUUUCGACAAGCAUAAAAUAGACUGUGUAAUCCAUUUUGCCGCGUUAAAGGCCGUUGGUGAAUCAAUGCAGCAGCCAUUGCUAUACUAUCAAAAUAAUCUUCUUGGAAUGCUUAACUUAUUGGAGAUAAUGCGUUCUCAUAACUGCUAUCAAUUAGUGUUCUCGUCAUCGUGCACGGUUUAUGGUGAACCAGAAAGCCUGCCUAUCACUGAAACGCAUGCAACUGGUAAUAUUACCAAUGUAUACGGCAGAACUAAAUAUUUUAUUGAGGAAAUGCUGAAGGACCUUAGCGCAGCAGAAAAGAAAUGGAACAUAAUAUCACUACGCUACUUCAACCCUGUGGGUGCUCACCCGUCUGGAUUAAUUGGCGAGGACCCCACCAAGGAGUUCACGAACCUAAUGCCCUUUAUGGCACAGGUAGCGCUUGGGAAGAAGCCUGUACUCACUGUCUUUGGCAAUGAUUACAAUACCCCAGACGGUACCGGUAUAAGAGACUACAUCCACGUAAUGGAUUUAGCGAGUGGUCAUGUGGCAGCAUUGAAUUUAAUUAGCGAGAACCAUGUUGGACUCAAGGUGUACAACUUAGGUACCGGGAAAGGAGUAUCUGUGAAAGAGCUAGUGGACGUGUUCGAGAGAGUAACGGGGACCAAAAUCCCGCUGAAAUAUGUUGAGAGGCGGCUGGGCGACAUAACUGCAAUGUGGGCAGAUGCGACGCUGGCUAAAGAACAACUUGGCUGGUCCACCAAAUAUACAAUUGAAGAUAUGUGCAGUGACUUCUGGAAAUGGCAGACCAUGAACCCUGACGGUUAUCCCAAGAAUAUAAAAUCCAACGUAAUCUCAAACGGCAAGAGUUAACAAUCCUUUAAUAAUGUGUUAUUUUAAUACUUAAGGAAAUAUUAAAUUAGUAUAUUAUUUAUACGAAUUUCUUUUAGUAUAUUUUUAGGAAAUAAAAAUAUUUUUAUCCAUUUA